UCGCCUCCAACGAAAACCUCCCAAAUCUGAGAAAAAACGAACAAAUCAAAGAGAAGAGGAACGAUGACACACACCGAAACCCUAAAUAUCCUCGACGAACUCGAGUCUCUCGUCUCCGAUCAGCUUCAAGUGGUAUCUUACAAAUGGCUGAGUCGAAAUUUCUCUAUUUCAUCAAAAACUGCCAAGAGCUUGCUUAAGGAUUUCGUCGAGAAAAAUGGGAAAGGUUUCGAAGUUGUUUAUAUUGUGUCUGGGUGGCUAAAGAACACUCCUUCUGAUCACCGCACAAGGCUUGUAUCUAGUUCAAAACUUUCAGAAGUGGAGAAAGAGUUCAAUGGAACUCACUCAGUUUCUAUAUACAGUGUUCAAGCUAGUAUUCCGAUGGAGCCAGCAGCUAUAUGGAACAGUGAGUUUGUGCAAGCAGAAGAACUCUUCAGGGAGCCUUCUGCCGCUGAUAAUUGCUUGAGAGACAACAGGUUUUGUGGCAUCUCCAAUUCUUUUGUAAAGCGUAAUAUAGAGGGAGCCACUGCAAAUGUUACAGCCCCGGGAACUGCAAGUGUGAGAACUACAGUGCCUUCAAUCCCUAAGGUUGGCUAUCAGGCUAAAAAUGAAACUGUUACUACUGCUCCAGCUCAAAAACAGCCUGCGAAAUCCUCCAAUGAUAAAGAAAAAUCCCUUCCUGUGCCCGCUACUAAAAAGAACGGUCAAGCCCAAAAGAGCGUUACUGGAACAGGGGGUUCGUUGAAAAAUAUGUGGGGCCGUGUGCCUGUGAAAGCAGAAGAUACAUCUGCAACAAUAGAGGUCAAAAACCAUGAUGACUCAGAAGCCCAAAAGCCUUCUCACGGUGCGGAGCACAAGGGAGGCAGCGAUGAUGAGGCCCCAGAUGUCAGUAUCAGGAACAGAAAAAGGAAGGUGAUAUUUGAUUUUUCUGAUGAAGAGUGUGAAGAUGUUAUCAGCUUAGCAUCUCCUAGCAGUCCUAAGAUUAAUCCGGGUCCAGAUAGCGAAGAAACCAAAGAUUCAGGUCCGGAAAAUCCUGAUAAACGUGUAUCUGGACCAGAUGAACCAGAGGUCAGCGGAGAAGACUGGCAAAAAACUACCUCUGCUGAUACUUCCGGUGUCAAAAAAGAGGAGAAACCUAUUGCUUCAUCAAAGGAGAAGAUGCAGGGAAAUGGUUCUGAAGCUGGAGUCAAUCCGUCAAAGGGAAGAAUGACUAAUGCUCCUAGUUCACCGAAAAGGAAAAAAGUGUUGAAGACGAGGAUUGAUGAGCGUGGGAGAGAAGUAACUGAGGUAGUCUGGGAGGAUACAGAAACAAACACAAAGAAGAAAGAAGACAGUGAUACGAGUAAGAAGUUAAAUGAUGGCAAAAGCGCAAAUGCUGCUGUUAACAGGGCUGUUGUUCAGAAGAAGAGCCCGGCCAUGGGAGCUGUAAACGCAGGAGGGAAAACAGGAAGCAAGAAAGGAGGGAACGUGAAAGAUCCAAAGCAAGGGAACAUAAUGUCUUUCUUCAAGAAGAAAGUCUAAAUAAAAGAAAGCUCUUUUGUUUGUAUUUUUCUCAGAACUUGGUGUCGUCUGGUUGUAUGCUUUGAAUUCGUUUAUGUAUUGAAAAAACUUGAGCCGUUAAUGGCACCGA